UCGGAUCCGAUCCAAAGAACUAAGGUGGGACUAUCCGAAUUCAUGAUCCGAUCCAUGAAGAUUGUUCCCAAUUAACAUCUCCAAGCUUGAGAUCAUGAGGCAUCACCUGGCCGCAAGUAGCUCUAAGAUUUGGGCCUCUAAUAAUUUAACGGCUGUUAAACGACAGAACCACUCGUCACAGCCACGUGUUAGAAUCAUACGGAGAGAGGAGGACGAAGGGAGGGUGUAUGAUCGGUCAAUGAGCAUCAAAUUCAAAUGGAUAACACCCUCACACUUCAUUGGAUCCACAAGGAAAGAACAAAGAUCUUAGAUCAGUGAACGAUGGCCCUCCAACACUGCUUCUACCCCGGCAAAGCAAUCUGCCGCCUCCAACGAAUCUAUCUGGCACAGGAUUCCGGCGGCCAGAAGGACAACCCGCAGCCGCAGGUGGUGGCACCCUCUUUAGGGAGACCGCCAGCGGAGGAAUUUGCCCCUUUAGCCUCGGUCUUCCGUCGGCGGCUCCUCAUCGGUGUCAGUUCCGCUUCUCUCGUCGCCAUUGGCGCCAAUUUUGCAGGCGUCACAAGUUUCCUUCUCGGAUUGUCGCCGGAAACUGGUAGGAAUCUGAAGCUGGACGUUCUUUAUCCGGUGGGUGGUUACAGUCGCUGCGUUGAAACGAGUGAAGGCUUUGAAUUCAUUUAUCCAGCCAAUUGGGUGGGAGACCAGACACUGUUGUACAGAGCAGUGGGGAAGGCAGAGGCAGAGAGAUCACUAGACCCACCUCCCUUGAACAAAGAUCGCCGUCGCCGGAAUUUUAGUGAACCGGUGGUGGCAUUUGGACCUCCGGGCUCCAACGGGGAGCUCAACGUCAGCGUCAUCGUAUCUCCGGUCCCUCUUGACUUCUCAAUUGAAGCUUUCGGAGGGACGAAAGAAGUGGGAGAGGCUGUGAUAAGGACAAUUGCUGCAGGAGCAGGAUCGGGACGAAGGCCCGAUGUGAGAGCAACGCUCAUAGAAUCCACGGUAAGAAAGGAUCCAAACGUCGAAGUAAACUACUACAAGUUGGAGUUCAGAGUUGAGAGCCCCUCGUUUCGGCGUCACAACGUCGCCAUCUGUUGUGCUCGUGGUGGCCGGUUAUUCACUCUAAAUGCACAGGCGCCGGAAUCAGCUUGGCCGGAGGUGAACCAAGAUUUCUACAGGAUUGCUGAUUCUUUCACCCUCACUGCCUAAACAUAUGAGAAAGAGAGAGAGAGAGAGAGAGAGAGAGAGAGAGAUUCUCGUGAGUGAACAUGUCGGUGAGGUUUGGUUGAACCGUCAGAAGGUGCCUCAGAUUUGCUGGGAACACAUCUGUAUAAGGGGUUAUGAAACCAGUUACGAGUGAACGCGUGUGUAACGGAUUUUAUAACUAAUCACAAUUGAACACGUUAGUGUUUCGGAGA